AUGGGGCCAGAGCUACUGUGUGUGCGUCAGGGUUUCUGCAUUCCUGUCCAGGAGAUGGUCGCUGUGAGACUUGGAGCACCCAGCGAUGCGAAGGGGGACUUGAGCACUGCCGGGGAUGAAAACCGUUUCACAGUGUUUUUCAUCCAGAGAGAGAAGGAAGAACGGUGGAGCCUGGGAUCUCUGGAGUUCGCUGCCCCACCCGGGUCGGAGCUGGCUGUCCGCUGGGUCGCAGCCUUGGAGAGCUGGAUUUCUCACCACGGCGUCACACGGCCGAAGAGCCUUCUGGUCUUCAUCAAUCCGGUCGGGGGACGCAAGAAGGCCGUGGAGAUCUACCGAGGUCAGGUGGCCUCGCUUUUUGCCCUGGUGGGGAUCCACGCCCAGGUUAUAGAGACCAGCCGAGCGAACGAGGCUCGCGAGUACAUCCUGCAUCAAGACAUCUACAGCUUUGACGGCCUGGUGAGCGUCGGCGGCGAUGGCACCUUCAACGAGGUGAUGCACGCUUUGAUCGAGCGGACGCAGCGCAAGGCCGGGGUCUCGGAGGAGGACAUGGACGCAGAGCUCCUGUCGCCGCACCUUCGUAUUGGCAUCAUACCUGCAGGCUCUACGGACUGUGUCUGCUUUGCAACGGUGGGAAUAAACGACCCGGUCACUUCUGCGCUGCACAUCAUUAUAGGGGACAGCCAGCCCCUGGAUGUCUGCAGCAUUCGGCAUAACGGGAAGCUGCUCCGCUACUCCGUCUCCCUGGUGGGUUACGGGUUUUACGGCGACGUGGUGAGCGCCAGCGAGAAGCACCGGUGGAUGGGGCCGGUGCGCUACACCUAUGCAGGAGCCAAGGCCGUGCUGAGCAAUCGUAGCUACGAAGGCACAGUGGAAUUCCAAGCGGCAAGGCUGGAGGAGGCCAAUCCCCGGGACCAGACACGCUGCCGGUCCGGGUGCCUGAUCUGUUCAGAGUCUAGCAAAAGCCUCUUGGCUGGAAGUGAAGAAGAGAAGCUCUCGGAGUUGGAGGGAUGCUCAGAUGGCGAAUGGCAGCGGGUUCGAGGCCGUUUCUUGGCCGUCAACGUGACUUCCAUGAGCAGCGCCUGCCCCAAGAGCCCGGAAGGCCUGUCCCCCUGCGCCCAUCUGGCUGAUGGAACCACCGACCUCAUCCUUGUGCGCGAAUGCUCCGUGCUCUCGUUCUUGCGCCACCUGACCAGGCACACCAACGGCUCAGACCAGUUCGACUUGCCCUUUGUGAGCGUGCAUCGGGUCCGGGCCGUUCGUUUCACCGCCUCAAAAGCGGAAGACUGCGAGGACAGAGAGAUGCCCGCGCAGGCGCGGAAGGGGCUCUGCACAGGAACGUGCCGGGGAGAGCCGCUGCGCAGCUGCUGGACCUGUGAUGGAGAGAUCUUGGACCACGUCGACAUCAGCAUUAGAGUGCACAGGCGGCUCAUCCACCUCUUUGCCCGGGGCAUCGAGCGGGCGGACUGCACGCCCUGGGAACCUCCGCGAGGAACUAACGGCUGA